UGUUGAACAGUUUGAAGGCACAGUCAGUUGGGAUAUUUAAACAAUGUCAACAGUUACACGCCUACUUAAUGACUGGCUAGAGAGAGAGAGAGAGAGAGAGAGAAAUGGGGGAAGGACCUACUUAAGGAAACAGUAUGUUUAAAAAUAAUGAGUAUCUGUUGUCUGAAACAGUAGACGCAAUCCUUCCAGUGGUUUAUAUUCCUUCAAUCUUGCGAUGGAUUGUUUUCUCACUAAACGGUUGAGUGACUUCAUCAAUAAUUGAAACUUAAAGCCUAUGGGCGUUGAAGUUUUGAUCUACAGAAGAAAAGGUGGCUGUGAGGAGUAUAUACAAACUCCUUCCAUCCAGCCGAAUUGGAUUACGUCUUGUUGGUUUGCUACCAUGGCGGAACUUUAAACAAAACAAACGAUCAAGUUUUGAGCUUACAUUCUAGUGUUCCUCAGCCACGCGUGGAGUGUUCACACAAUUGGUUUCGUACAAACAAAAUGUUUAGGAGUGUUUCUUAUUAUUUAGAUUGUAACCACGUUUGCGAUGAGGCAAGGCGCUCUUUUGUUUGAAAAGGAUGAACUGAAGACCAGCACAAGAAGUUAAAACAUCAGUUGGUCUCUGAGAUCUAGAUCUCUAAAACUAGAGGCCAACAUUGAGGAUCUAUUAUUUCCCCAAGGAAGAAAUUCCGAAUGCUGUUUUUUGUAUUGCAAAGUUUAGAAAGUAAUGUGAGACUCUAGUGACAUUCAGUUAUCUCACGAUUCAAGUGACAGUUACCUAACUCAUUCACUAGUGUAGACAUGAAGAGAAAAAAAACCAAACAGAACUUUUAAUCAUCACAUGUGAUUGGUAGUGUCUGGAUUGAAUCAUCACUAGUUCAGAUCGUUACAAGUCACGAUGAAGCUCUGCCAACAUUCACUGAUCAAGGCACAUCCGAAGUAGACUCCACAGGGUCGCUUCUUUAGUGAUGGACAACACGUCCAUCGUUUACAUCACCGCGGAAGUUGUAGUCGGUGUGAUGUCUGUCAUUGGAAACAGUAUCGUCAUCGCCGCCAUUUGGAAGAACAGACGUCUGCAUACCAUCACGAACGUCUUUGUGGGAAACCUGGCCAUGGCAGACAUCGUCGUGGGUCUCCUGGCAGCCCCGUGCGCGGCACUCGCGUACAAAGGACUGCCCAAGAACUUUUACGGGUGCGUCUUCAUCAACAGCGUCAUCCUCAUCGUCACCAACAUCUCCAUCCUGAUGCUCCUGGGCGUCGCGCUAGAGAGGUUCUUAGCCAUUAAAGAGCCUUUUCUUUACCAGAGAACGCUUACCGUUCGCAGGGCCAUAUACAUUAAUUCGUGCAUUUGGGUGAUAGGAUUUCUGUUGGGGAUGGUUCCUAUGUACGGAUGGAACAAAGGCGCUAAGGACCUAGAGGUUUGUCUAUUCACCAACGUUAUAACGUAUGAGUAUAUGGUUUAUUUUCAGUUCUUUGGCCUGGUGCUGCUGCCUUUGUUCCUGAUGAUGUGUAUCUACAUUUACAUCUUGAUUAUCGUGCGCCGCCACAUGAAACAGACCAAUGCCCUCAGAAACAUGUUUCAGCAGGAGAGGAGAGCGCAAGAGGGAUUCAGCAAGGAUGUGAAAGCAGCCAAGAUGCUGGCUCUAGUAAUUCUCUUCUUCGGCAUCUUCUGGCUGCCAGUCAACAUUCUGAACAGUCUCUCGCUCUUUUGUGACGUGGCAUGCUCCCCACCCUAUGAGGUUCUUCUUGCAGCUAUUGUCAUGAGUCACGCCAACUCGUGCAUUAACCCUUUCCUCUACGCAGCCAGCAACAGUCGCAUCAAACGAGCCAUUAAGGGCAUAUUCGGAAUAAAAGUUAGCCCAGAAGAUAACUCCACAGAUAUAAAUCAGCCACGGCAUACGAACAACUUAAGUCCGACCCCAAAUCACGUCUCCGAACGAAGCGAUCAGGAAGAAGGCCGGGUGCUACCGUUCACCAUCUCACAGGACAAAUUUCUGCAGUUGAACCGAAAGAUGUCCGUGGCUGGUACUCCGCUGGAUGACAGUGAUGAUAACCUGGAAGUGCCUGGUACAUCAUCGGAACCCGAAGGGGAAAGAGCCGCCCCAACAGAAGCAAAGUCAGCAGACACUACGAACAUAAAGGAUUCUUCUUUACAUUCCAUUCUUAAAUCAUCUUUAUUUCCAUCCAGCUCAGAGUCAGACAACCUUAAUUUAACACAACUUACUUCGCUAGACUCCUCAUUCAAUCUUACAGCAACCUCUAGUGAGUCUCAGAAUAAUAAACUCAACGGACACAUCCAUCCCUUGCAUUCAGAAAAGGACUUUACAAAGAACAAAAAGAACCUCGGCAAUGUGAACGUAUCCAAUCACAACAACGAAAUCUAUGCAUUCUUGGAAAACUCGGAAAGUCCAGAACUUUUUUCUAAAGCGGAAGACGGCGACGCCCAGCAGUGGUGUUGGCCGGCCAAUGAGGCGGUGCCAGGAAACAAUAAUGAGGACACUGCUUCGAUAAACUGUCUGCUUGGAGUCGACACCAGUUACACCAAAGACAUAGAUCCAGCAGACAGCGGUGGCCAGAUUACUAACGUGGUGACUGUUCCAGACAACGCUCGUCUGCCUUCGAAAGGCAAUCCUGGGCUGCUCGAGCUAAAACAGUUAAACGGUUUCACGCACCUAGAUUUGGAUCUAGAUCAUUUUGACAUUGACCCGAAGAAAGGUCACGCGUUCAUCUUAGACCUUGAAGAUAACAGUAUACUGGAACAUGAGCGAACAGAACAUACAAAGUUAUGAUUCUAGUGUGUAGUUGCCUGCAGUACAGCGUUACACUCAUACAGUCUGAAGAACAAAUAGGCAGUCAAGGAAAAGAAAAGGUACGCUUAGAAGAAAACACCAUAGUUCAUAGUUCACUAUAGACAAACAUAUUAGGGCCAACGAUAAGUCCACAAAUCAUUGCCCUGUAUACUUAGGUUUAUGAAUAAAGAGAAAUGAUUGCCUAUUGCAGCAUAUUCUCGACUCUACUAGUGAAUUCAUUAAUUUCGGAAAUCUCAAUGUCCAGAAAUGUGAAAGAGUUUCCAGUAUGUAUGGAUAGUACCCACAGUACACUGGAUAUGUUUCAUUCCUGAUAUAUCAUAUAGCUUAAUGGCAUGUUACAUUACUUGUUUUAAAUAACAACAACGCAUCAAGCACCUCCGUUUCUACAACAUAAUCUCAUCAUAGAUCUAGUGGGAAAUAUUACGGAUGUCAUGUGACCAUCAGGCUCGGAAUGGAAGUUGAUGACAUUUGAACCCAAGUGUAAUAUUUCCGUAACAAACAUGACAAUCCUAUACUCUAUGUUGAGAAAUUCGUCUAUAUUGUGGAUAUGAUGCUGUUAUGAUGACCAAUAAGACUGUACUGUUUUCAUUUGGAUAUCUUAUCAACUCUUUUUUUGGUAGUGUAUUGUACAUAUAUAUAUAUAUUAUAUAUAUAUUGUUAUAAUGUUGAUAUAUGUUGUUUUAAUGUUGAUAUAUGUUGUUAUAAUGUUGAUAUAUGUUGUUAUAAUUAUUCUGUCCCCUGUUAAAAAACGUCGAUCGAGGUGAUAAAGCAGCCCCCAGUGGCAGCACUUCGUUGUCGAAGAAAGGCUGGGUUUUUUUAAAGUUUAGAUUUUAAAUGGGUUUUUAAAAAAGUUUAGAUUUUAAGGGGAAAUGGUUUAUUGCGUAUUGCCUAAACUAUAAGACGGCAAAGAAAAUGGGACUAAUCCAGCAUUUGACUAAAAUGCCAGGCACACAGUUUAUAAGCAGAAAAACAUUCGUGCCUUGUCCACUGCAAUGUUUCCCUCCACAAGUUUGACUAUAAGCCGAAUAGAGAAGCUCAGAAGUAAAGAAAUCUUGGGGGACAGGCGAGAUGGGCUGUAGACGAUUGGCUGUAGUCUACAAGAACAUUUUCCCUAAAAGAUAAUAGAUCUAUAUAAUUAUAUUUUUAGUUUUUAACAGUCUAGACUCGUGUAGACAUUUUAUUCCAACUGAGGCACUUUGAAACGAAUCUCUAACACUUGCUACAUCAGGCGCUAACUAGAACAGGACGAUGCACUGCUUACACACAGCACACAGCACGCACAUACGACAUUCUUAAAACUACGUUCAACUUGAGAGAAAAAGGUCAAUUGGCGCAGAAGAUAAUUUUUCAGGUCAUUUUUUUCCUCGUCAAGGCAUAAUUUGAGAACUACUGAUAACGUUCUUGUUCUCGUGGCUAUAAAGACUUGGGACCAAGAGAAUGGUUUCAAAGAACAAAUAAGUAUUUCUUCACUAGUAUUUCUUCCCAUUUGAUUCUAUUGCAAUGAAAUCAACAGAACUGCCUGGUACUUAAAAUUUGUGUUGCUCAUGUCUCUUUUACUCCGAAGGUAAUGCCGAACGGAAGUUACACAUGGCGGAAUGACCAAGAGGUUGGUUGGAAAGGGGGGGGGGUGUUAAGUGGAUGAGUGAUCAGUACUGGCCACCUGGAGCGAUCAUUUAGAAGCUUUUAGUUCAAAACUUAGAGAUAAAACAAAUGAACGCACGAGAAGUCAACAAUGGUAGGAUCGUCUGGCCUGGUUUUGGUUGGAUCGAAACAGACACGUGACUAGGAGAGUGUCCCAUGAAGAGGGAAGUCCUAAUGAGCGACUUGUUUGUACUGCACUUGAAUGCCACGUUGGGUCGUCAAAAGGACACAGAGAUGUUUCCAUAAACUGAUAUCUUGAUUUUUGGAUUAGCCUAAACACAAGGUACAAUCAAGACAAAAUUCAAAUUUCUCCAAACACUACCAUUUUGUAAUUAUAAUGAAUUCAUGGAAAGACAUGAAUACUGAAGAGUCUGCCUCUACAAUUAUUUUUUGUGUUCAGUUUUAGAAACUUUAUUCGACUGUAAAAUUUCAUCACUUUUUCUACUGUCUCUUUUUACUUCGCGGAGUCUAGGACGUCAUUUGUGACUAAUAGUGUCAACUCAGUUGUAGAUUUCAUUUUAGAUUUUUGUUGUAACCUUUAGGAGGAAAUUGCACAUAUUUAGAAGGUUGCGUAAAGAUUUCUUAUUGCUCAAACUGUCUUUCAGUACUAGGUUCAAGAAUGAGACUUGUAUUUUUAAGUGUUCUAUUUGGUUAAGUUUACAUUCAAAACGAGUCUGGAAUGCACAAACACACACACAUUUUUAUAUGGUAAAGUAUACGGUUUGAUAACGUGAUUCUUCGAACCAAAAAAAAAAAAAACAUGUUUCGCUAGGUGAUUGCACUUCAAUCGCCAACACGAUUCUAUUACCUAAGUGAAGUUUCACUUUUGUUUAAAACCGAUGAAUUGUGAAACAUCAAAAGUUUUCCAGAAGAACUACGGGUCUCAAUGAUUCAAACAAGGAUCAAGAUGACACAUAAACAAUGUGGCAUACUGUCAAAGAAGGUUAUCAUCAGAGUGUGUAGGAGAAUAUUGAAUGUGUUGAGUAGGACACAUGACUUACACACUAAACGUAUCAGCUCAACCCAAUCACGUGAUCAGACCGAGGUGGGUACAUCCUAAAAUACAAAUUGUCUUAUAGAUUCACAUAGAAUGACAAUCCCGUCCUGAGCCACGCUUGCUGAGCACGCUUUAUACUUAGCUGCUAGUGUAGCGAUAGAACAGAACAUGCGGACAUGACUUCUUCAUAUAUAUAUAUAUAUAUAUAUACGAUUAAUUCCCCCUUUCAGACCUUGUGGUCUAUAGGGCAGAUGAUGUAAAGAUCAUCUGUUUCUGUGGCCUACGGUUAACUGGGGUGUCAUGUGGCCAGCACAACGACCAACCGCCUUUACUUUUCCCCAACUAAUGUCGGGUACCCAUUAGAGUUGGGUGGACUCAGAGGCGCCCGAAGAUCCCGAAAUUAAAAAUCCCAGUCUUCACCAGGAUUCGAACCCCGGUCCCCGGUUUACAAGCGCUUUACCGCUCAGCCACAGCGCCUCUAAUUUAGUUAUAUAUACGAUACUAUAGUUUAUAUUUCUUCGUCUUAAAAUGUAGUUUUAUAUGUGUAUGUAAGUUUAAGUCAUAUUCGUAUGAAACAUUCCAUUCACUUAACUGUACAUUCAGCAACUGAAUAUACAAUUUCAGCUCAAGAAGCCAGGGUCAACAAUUUUUUAAUUUUGAUUUGAUACAAAGUACAAGGGAUACAAGGGCAGUCAAAGCUACAAGAAAAAUGAGAAGUAACUUUUCGAAACAAUCCCUGGUGCCCUGAUCCGCCACUGUCUGUUGUAUGUAGUGUGUACUUCGCAUCCUAGAUUUGUUUAAUACUCACACAGAAGGGCAGGGCGACCACCUCACACGAGGCGGUCCAUAGGCAGAACCAUGUCAUUGACGACUGUGAUAAGCUUUUGUUAUAUCUCCAUUUAAUGUGCAAAUAGAGUUUCUGUCCGUGGAAACCUUGGUUUGCUCAAUUUAUUGACAUAUGAAUUCCAAAUAUUUAAUUUGUUUUUUCAUCUUUACACAUGUUUAUUGAAAACAAUGGUGUACAUUAUCUUAUCUUAUCUUAUCUUAAGCUUUCUGAGGACGUCAUUGUAAAACAAUAAUAAUGAUAAUAAAAACAGCUCAUUCUAAUUGUAGUUGAAACAGAUAAACAGAAGCCGUUAAUAGAAGACAUAGAAGCAAGACAAAAACAAACAGAAGACAUAAAGACAAGACAAACAGAAGACAUAAAGACAAACACAAGACAUAAACAGAAAACAAACAGGUGACAUAAACAGAAGACAUAAACAGAAGACAUAAACAGAAGACAUAAACAGAAGACAUAAACAGAAGAGAAACACAAUACAUAAACAGAAGACAUAAACAGAUGACAUAAACAGAAGACAUUUCACUUGCUUUUAUGUAGGACAAUGUACACACAUUUUAGGGCAUUCUUUUCUCGUUGGGAAACAGGCUGUGGUCAGAUGAAGCUGCUAAGAAUGACUUCAAUGUCAUUUUAAAGAUAUUGUCACUAUGCUCUGUGCUCCUCUAGAUCCAUUGCAACAUCUAACGGGUUGCGUGAAUCAGCCAGGAAAACCGAGUACUUACCAGAGUUUCAAACUCUAAUAAAAAUGCACAAAUAGAUGAACACAUGGACAAGUGUCGCUCUUUUGGUAGAGCGUCUGUAAUGUAUAUCAUUAGAUUCAAAUGUCACAUACAAUACCAAUAAAUGUCUCUGCCAAGGAAACAUAUUUUCUUUUUGUUCAUUCAAAUAACAGUCAGUAGAUCAUGUUUUAAUUCCAUGUUUGAUGUGUUGUAGAGUCAUGUCAGGUCAGACGUACUUAUACUGAUGAUAUUAGGUGAAAGUAAGCAGCUCAUCAAUUGGAACUAUAUAGAUGCAAUACUUUUAUUUAUUAUCAUUUGUUCUUGUUGUUUCAUUAUUUCUGUCAGUCAUUGCCUCCAAUAGUAAAAGAAAUUCAAACAAGUCCAGAAUCGUUCACUUUUUACAAAAUUUCAAUGUCUUUUUUUUUUAGACCUUACAAUUCAGGUUUUAUCUGGAAGUAUGUGACGUGUACACAGAAACCAGGAUGUUUUGUGGUAGACAUUGUUAGCACACUAUGUCACUGUGAUCACGUGACGCGAAGACAUCAAAGAGGUUUAAGAUUUCGCCAAUGCCAAUUCAACAA